AGGCAUGCAACAAGAGGCAGAUUUUUACAGUUUUCUAGAGAUAGACAUCCAAAGCCAUGAAAACCAAUCAAAAGCCUUCCUUUCUCCUCCUCUUCAGCCUUUAUGGUCUCUUGCUUUCCUUGCUUCCAUCGAAAACAACAUCGUCACCAAGAACUCAAGCUGAAGCUCUCAUCAAAUGGAAGAACAGCUUGUCUUAUUCUCCACCUUCUCUAAGUUCAUGGUCCCUCACCAACAUAAACAACCUCUGCAACUGGUCUGCCAUUGGCUGUGACAACACCACCGGGACAGUCUUUCAAUUAGACCUCUCCAAUUUGAACAUAACCGGAACGCUGAACCAAUUCAACUUCACUACAUUUCUUAAUCUGACAGUGUUCAACCUUAACAACAACAGUCUCAAAGGGCCAAUACCCUCAGCCAUUGGAAGCCUCUCCAGGCUCACUUUGUUGGACUUGAGCGACAACUUUUUGGAAGGGGAAAUACCUGUGGAGAUAAGCCGGUUAACAAAGCUUCAAUAUCUUAGUCUUCACAACAACAGUCUCAAUGGUACCAUCCCUUAUCAACUCAGCAAUCUCCAAAAGGUAUGGUACUUGCACCUUGGAUCAAACUCUUUAGAAGCCCCCGCCUGGUCCAAAUUUUCAGCCAUGCCAUUGUUGACCUACCUUGACCUUAGUCUCAAUAACCUUAAUUCAGAAUUUCCUGAUUUCAUAUCUGAUUCAAGGAACUUGACCUUCCUUGACUUGUCUGGGAAUAAUUUGGCUGGCCAGCUACCAAAAUCGUUAUUUAGCAACUUGGGCAAGCUUGAAUAUCUUAAUCUCACAAAUUGCCAAUUAAUGGAUGUGUUGCCAUUAAACAUUUCCAAGCUGCUUUCCAAUAUCAUACACCUUAAUCUAGGAAACAACCAGUUCAAUGGUACAAUUCCUGAAGACAUUGGUUAUAUAACUCAUCUUCAACAAAUUGAUUUGUUUAACAAUUCCUUUGAAGGUCAAAUUCCUUCCUCCAUAGGCCAACUCAAAGAGCUCUCCUAUCUCGAACUAGGAAUGAAUUUAUUGAACUCUACGAUCCCUCAUGAGCUUGGUUCUUGUACUAAUCUCACCUACUUGGCCUUGGGUUGGAAUCAACUUAGUGGGGAGCUACCUUCAUCGCUGUCCAAUCUAACAAAUAUCUUUUCUUUGGAUUUAUCUGGCAAUUAUUUUUCUGGUCGUGUCUCCCCUGUUCUGAUCUCAAAUUGGACUGAACUGAGGAAGUUACAACUUCAGUACAAUAGUUUCUGUGGGAAAAUUCCACGGGAAAUUGGCCGGUUGAAAAAGCUCAAAAUCCUUAUUCUGUACCUAAAUUCCUUCAAUUACUCCAUUCCCACAGAAAUAGGAAAAUUGAACGCUUUAACAGAACUAGACCUUUCCGGUAACCUGCUUUCUGGUCCAAUACCUCUUACUCUCUGGAAUCUUACAAAUCUUGCCUACUUGCAACUCCUCGGGAACAGCCUGACUGGGGCAAUCCCACCGGAGAUUGGAAAUAUGACUUCACUUGUUAGCUUCAACGUGGACGACAACCAGCUGUCCGGUGAGUUACCAGAUACAAUUUCUAGACUCAGUAAGUUAGAUGGAUUCUCCGUGUCCGGAAAUAACUUCUCCGGAAGCAUUCCGAGAGAUUUCGGGAAGAACAGUCCGAGGUUGACCACCGUUGACUUUGCAGAAAACAGUUUUUCCGGAGAAUUACCUCCGGAGUUAUGUAGCGGGUUUGCUCUCCAAGAACUCAAGGUGGAUAAUAACAGCUUUACAGGGUUUUUGCCCGAGUGCUUGAGAAACUGUUCAGAAUUAAGAGGGGUAAAUAUUGAGAAGAACCACUUCACCGGCAACAUUACAAACGCAUUUGGUGUUCAUCCGCAACUUGAAUACAUCGCUAUUAGUGAGAACCAAUUUGUUGGAAAAAUCUCACCGGAAUGGGGCGACUAUAAAAGCCUCGAAAGAAUAAGGAUGGAUCGGAAUAAAAUUUCCGGUCAGAUCCCGCUUGAGCUUGGAAAGCUACCUCUGUUGUACCGUCUGUCGCUGGCGUUCAAUGACUUGACGGGGGAAAUUCCAUCUGAACUGGGAAAUCUGAGCCAGCUGUACAUACUCGAUCUGAGUAAUAACCGUUUGUCAGGGCAAAUCCCUCAUAGUAUUGGUAGUCUGGUUGCAAUGGUAUUACUUGAUUUAUCGACGAAUAAUUUCUCUGGGAAAAUACCAACCGAGCUUGGAAAUCUAAGCAUGCUCAACAUCCUCGAUCUGAGUAACAACCAUUUGUCAGGAGAAAUCCCUCGUAGUAUCAGUGGCCUGGUUUCUAUGGAAUAUCUUGAUUUGUCGAAAAAUAAUAUUUCUGGGACAAUACCAUUCGUGCUUGAUAAUUGUACAGCGUUGAAAAGCUUGAACCUAAGCCACAACAAUCUGUCUAGAAAAAUCCCCUCAAGCUUGUUUCAUCUCUCUGAACUGGAAAGUCUCAAUUUAUCGUACAACCAUCUCACGGGGACCAUCCCACUGUCAUUUUCCACAAUGGUUAGUCUGCAAUCUACUGAUUAUUCUAACAACCAUUUGAGUACUGAAAGCUUUUCUAACACAGAAACAGAAUCCACCAAAAACCGACCCACUAAAAAACGACCCACUAGCCUUCUGAUCGCCAUCCUCGUUCCCGUCUGUAUCGAGGUAGUGAUAACCAGUACUGUCAUCGUUAUCAUUCUUCUUAUGGGUCGAAAACCCAGACUCCUCCAGAAUUAUAAAAGAACGAAAGCUUUUGAAGAAUUCGACAGGUUAGAGUCCAUAUUGAUAUGGCAAACAGAAGCGAAUUUCACAUUUGAGGACAUCGUGAAGGCCAUCGAGAACUUCCAUGAAAAACAUUGCAUCGGAAAAGGAGGAUUUGGUACAGUUUACCAAGCGGCUCUGCCAUCGGGUCUGGUUGUUGCGGUUAAGCGGCUGAAUAUGGACGAUUCCAGCAUUCCGGCAAUAAACUCCGUGAGUUUUCAGAAUGAGAUACGGAGUCUGACAAAUAUCCGGCACCGGCAUAUCAUAAAGCUGUAUGGAUUCUGCUCCUGGAGGAGUUGCAUGUACUUGGUUUACGAGUACGUUCAGAGAGGGAGCUUGAAAGAUGCAUUGUACAUGGAAGAAGAGCAUCUGGGGUGGGAUAGAAGGGUGAGAAUAUUGAAAGGAGUGGCUCAUGCUCUUUCCUAUUUGCAUCACGAUUGCUCUCCUCCGAUCAUCCACAGGGAUGUGACUUUGAACAACAUAUUGCUGGAGUUGGAUUUUGAGCCCCGGCUUUCAGAUUUUGGCACUGCCAGAUUGUUGAGCCCCGAUUCCUCCAACUGGACUACUCUUGCUGGCUCCUGCGGCUACAUGGCACCUGAACUUGGGCUUACAAUGCACGUGACAGAGAAAUGUGAUGUUUAUAGCUUUGGAGUGGUAGCUUUGGAAAUGAUGAUGGGAAGACAUCCAGGGGAGUUUCUUGUUUCUUUAUCAUCAUCAUCUUCAUCAUCAAGAACAUUGCUAUUGAAGGAUGUUUUAGACCCCCGGCUUCAGCCUCCUAGACGUCACGUUGCAGUGGCGGUGGUGUUAGUGGUGACAUUAGCCUUAGCCUGCACUCGAACCUCUCCACGGUCACGACCUACCAUGUACUUUGUGGCACAACAAUUAUCUGCUCUUAAUGGCAGGACACGAACUUAUUUGUCUGAGCCCCUGGACAUUUUAACAAUCGACAAGCUUUUAAGCGUCUCCUAGCUAAUUGAAGUAGGCACAAAUAAAUGGAAACUUACAGUAUAUCAGUUUUGUUUACUUUAUUGAUGAUAGUUAUUAGAUUACGCUUGAUACAUUGUCUUUGCCUUAAGAAAUGUAAUGUUCAAUUUCAAGUUUAGAAGUUGUGCUUGACACAGAAAGAAGUGAAAAAUUUAGCAUAUCAGAGAUGGGUAAAAAUAAGGAAAUUGAGGUUUUGGUAUCUGAACAAGGAAUGAGUAGUAUAUGUUAGUUUUAGAUCUGUUGAACUUGUAUCACAAGUAGUAUUUAGAGUUGGUUGAUGUAGUGGAUCAAUCAUCGAUUUGUAGAAGAACUGGUCAAGCUAGUAGCUUUGGGACCAGUACAUGUGGUGAAGAAUGAUAUCCUAAAAACUGAUACAAUAUUCAUCAUACUGGUCUAAUUGGGUAUUAAAAUUAUGAACUGACAUAUUGAGGAAACGAGUUGAAAUCCCUGCCCCCCUUGAGAAUUCGUGGAAUUGUUUCUAGUCAGUUGAACAAAUAAUAUACGGUAAUAAAUAAAUGGAGCUUGACUGUGUGGGUGAGUGUAAGAGGUCAAUUAGAGAGAUUGGAAUAGUACUUCUCUGUGUGUGACAGAGUGUGUGAUAUUGAUCAUUUCAUCUCCCCAGUCAUAACCCCUGAUGCACCUUUGUUGCACAACAAUUAUCUGCCAAGAGCAGGAACAGAACUUAUAUGUCCAAGCCCACAGACAUUAUUAUGAGUCUGGUCUAGACAUCUAAAAGUUGCAUUCUAUGGUAUAGCAUAAUUGGAAAAAACAGGGACGAAGUGUUAAAUCUGUUAAAGAAGCAUCUAAUUGC